ACUGUUCAGGACCGGAGAGGAAGACGAGCUAAAGAAUACAGAAAGAGAUACAAAGAAAGAGAGAAAGAAGAGAUCAGGAAAAAGAGGAGCACAACAAACCCACAGCUGUCAUGGAGAAGUCUGAUCACAGUGUCAAUGCAGAGGCCGACUGGGGCAGAGUCCUGCGCUACAACAACAUGGUUCUGAACGGCCAAAAUGAAUUUCCCUGUUCUCUGGAACCUUCUGAUGACCAAUAUGAGACCGAGAGCCCACCACCCUGUACAGAGUGGAGUACCCCCUCUGUGACUAAAGAGGACGCUCUGGAGGCCCUGAGGAAGUACGUGUCGGAGCACAGCCUGGACCCGAAACCAGCGAAUGAGGCGCAGGUCACCAACAUGGAGAUGCUUCUGUCCUACAGGUAUCGCCUGGAGACGUUCACUGAGAAACGCUUCACUUGCUGGAAAACUGCUCCCUACAUGGGAGAGGAGCUCGAUGCAUCCGGGACCCCUCCUCCGCCCUGGGACAUCCCUGUGGAAGAGCCGACUCUGUUCCGGACCUCCUCCAAAGACAUACCCCUUCCCUUUACUUCACUCAUCAAGGACUGUGCGAGGUGCGUGGGCACAGGACGCGUCUGCUGCUCUCAAUGUGAUGGUGGAAGAGAAGAGUGUUAUAAUUGUCAUGGUCGUGGAUACAACUUCAACUACUACUCUACGUACAACCUGAGAGAGCACUGCUAUAUCUGCAGUGGAGUGGGACAUACCCGUUGUUCUUUUUGCAAGGGGAUGGGGAACAGCAUUUGCACCGUGUGUCUGCAGCACAAGAAGACGACUGUGUCCAUCUGCCUCCGGGUCAAAUGGACCAACCACCAGAAGCAGGUUUUGUGUGGAGAGAAAGAGCCAAAUCACCUGUACCAGCUCCCCGGACGCACGCUGAUGACGCACACCGCGGCCAGGGUGAGCCCUGUAACAGAUUUCCCGGACCCCGCCGUCGUCAAGGCUGCUCAGAGGAUGGUCGAAAAACACGCUCGGGAAUAUACAAAAGACAUCCGGAUCCUACAACAGCGUCAGAGCAUCGAGCUGGUGUCUCUGUGUCGAGUAUCGUACGCCUGGAGAGGACAGAGCUACCAGUUUUACGUCAGCGGGAAGGACGGGGACACGUUUGUGGACGACUACCCAGAAUCCACCUGUGUCUGCUGCAGCGUCAUGUGAUCAUUACAUCAGGAUUACCUCAGCGGGGAGGACACCCAUAGACUCUAUAUAUAAAUGGACACAGCUAAUAGGCGAUCCGCUGAUUUCCACAUAAGAAGUGAACAUUCACUUUUCUAUUGAAAAACAUCUUAAAAUGUUCAUAUUAACCUGCUCUACAUGAUCUUGGGGUUUUUAUCUCACAAUCGUGUCUGUAAAUCAAAAUAUGAACAUUAAUAACAGACAAAUCAGGCGCCUUCUUUCCCCGAGGUCACUCCCACUAAAAUUAGCAGCAGGUUUGAUUGCUAAGCGCCCGCUCCCUGUUAAACCAGCGGUGCAUUAUCUUCAACAGUCUCACUCUUGACUCUUUGGUUGCUAUGAUGUUCGUGGUCGGAAUUCCAAAUAUGGAGCUCCAAAUUCGCCGCUAUAACUGCUCCAGCCUUGAUGAGCUUCAUUUGGAGCUGAACGCUGUGACGUUACACUCAGUCACUUCUUUAUGCAGUCUGUGGGAGGAUCGUACACCUGGAGAGGACAGAUGUACAUCAGCGGGGAGGACAGGGGUGCGUUUGAGCCAU